AUGGCAGCCCGAGCAGCUAACGCGGUCUCGAUCCAUAGAAAAUUACUGUGCCUUUUCUCCUCCUACUAUGCUGCAGCUCUGAACGGGAACUUUCUUGAGGCAAACAAGGAUCGCUUUGAGGUAGACCUGUCAGGAGAGCACCUCCGAGCUUUUGCAGUCUGGAUCUACACUGGAAGCUUGGGUCGCAUGUCCGAUGACUACGACGGCAUGUGCUGCUUGACCAGCCUAUACCUGUUUGCCGACCAAGUGAAUAUCCUCGCACUGCGUCGCCGUACCAUCAGCUUAUUCGCAAAAAGCUUUCCAACCUAUGACUUGGUCAAAAUCAUUCUUAUGAAUGUCACCCCAGGGUCGCCACUACACAGACACGUACUGGAUCGCUAUAUUUUGCACUGGACACCCUCAGAGGACGAAGAUGACCCAUUUCUACUAGACAGCAAGAGGGAUCCCGAUCAUAUCUUGGCCAACUUCAUGUAUCAGGUCAUGAAAGGUCUUGCGGUGCGUCAACCCAAGGCCAGAUCUUGUGGACAGCGCAAAGGCUUGAAACCGCCAGCCUGGUUGGAUUGA